UGUCUACGUCGGUCAUAACACAAAUUCGGUGACAUGCCGCGAUGGCACCGCAGCGCACGCCCUCCGCUGUGGGGAUCGGAAGAGCGCCAUUAAUUGUGACUUCACAAACGUCCUGCCUUUUUACCUCUCGAUAUAAGACGCUGACUGGAACUCUGCUCUCCACAGCACAUGAAGACGCCGAUUAAGGAAGCAUUUUUUAAGCAACGAUAAAUCUUACGUGUUAUCAAUCUUCACUUUCUCGUCUGAUUAAAAAAAAACAUCAUCCGUUGGGAAGUUUCUGUUCUAGAGCCCAUUGUACGGUCUCGCUUUUCCCACUCGUCCUUAAAGGGCUUACGACAAUCCGUUAAGAUGGCGUCGCCUGUCGUCAGCGUCGCUGUUCUAUUCGUGCUCUUCGUGCUAUGGAGAUGGGCGAACUCGACCGACAAACCAAAGAUCAAGGGGAUACCGGAAAUUCCUGGAUGGCCCAUAUUUGGCAGUCUGUUUGAAUUAGGAGAUGUACAUGCUAGAGUAGCUCAACGUUGGGCGAAGAAAUACGGACCGGUUUUUCAAGUAAGGUUGGGAAACAAGAGAAUUGUUUUCGCCAAUUCUUUCGAUUCCGUCCGUCACUUUUGGGUAACUCACCAAUCCGCGCUGAUUUCCAGACCAACUCUGCACACAUUUCACACUGUAGUCUCAGACAGCUCAAACUUCACCAUUGGGACGAGUCCUUGGGAUGAGUCGUGCAAACGCCGCCGAAAAGCUGCGGCGACUGCAUUGAACGUUGUUUCGGUUCGUGGUUACAUGCCUAUUGUCGACCUGGAGGCCACGACCUCAAUCAAAGAAAUGAUUAAAGAUUCAAAAUACGGCACUGUUGACAUCAACCCCAUUGGCUAUUUUCAACGAUAUGCACUUAAUACGAGCUUAACUUUGAAUUACGGAUAUAGAAUAGAAGGGAACAUCAACGAUGAUAUGCUGAGGGAGAUAUGUGAUGUCGAACGUGGAAUUAGCAACUUCCGGAGCACGAGUAACAACUGGGAGGAUUACGUGCCGAUGUUGAGAUUGUUACCUGGUAAGAAGGCUAGUCCUCUUGAGUUCAAAGAACGAAGAGCACGCUACAUGAGUCAACUUCUCAAUAUGCUCAAAGAAAAGAUCGAAAAGGGUGAAGACAAGCCAUGCAUCACAGGAAAUAUUCUCAAGGACCCUGAAGCCAAACUUAACGACAAGGAGAUCGAUUCCAUCGGCCUCACUAUGGUAUCUGCUGGUUUAGAUACGAUACCUGGAAACCUUAUAAUGGGCCUCGCGUAUCUUUCAACACCGAACGGCCAAAAAAUUCAGGAGAAAGCGUACGCAGCCAUCAACGAGGCCUAUCCAGACGGAAAUGCAUGGCAUGCUUGUCUAGAUGAAGAGAAGGUAGCUUACGUCACGGCUUUUUACAAAGAAGUACUCCGUUAUUGGACCGUCAUUCCCAUUUGCCUGCCAAGAGUCAGUAUCAAAGAUAUCGAAUACAAUGGCGCAGUGAUCCCGGCUGGGACCACGUUCUACAUGAACGCUUACGCCGCAGACUACGAUGAGGCGCACUUCAAAGAUCCUUACUCUUUCAUCCCGGAACGGUACCUCGACGGAUCGGACGAAAAGACGGGAGGUGUCUCCCACUACGCGUACGGCGCAGGUAGUAGAAUGUGCGCCGGAAGCCAUCUCGCCAACCGGGAAUUGUACGUCGCGUUCGUGCGGCUGAUCUCGGCGUUCGAGAUCUUGCCGCCGAAGAACAAGAUGGAUGAACCGGAAAUGGACUGCUUGAAGGCAAACGCCAUCCCCACGAGCUUGACAAUGGAACCCAAACCGUUCAAGGUAGGGUUUAGGAUACGGAACAGAGAACAACUGGAGAGGUGGAUCAAGGAGAGUGAAGCGGCGACUGCGCACCUGUAGUCCAUGGUCUACUGCGAGUAUCAAUCAUGUAAGCUUGACAGAUGUUGGAGAAGGGGGCAUCAAUUUUUGCACAUGAAGAACAUCAGAGAAUCGUAUAUCGGGCUUUUUUUUUUCUCUCCGCAUUAAGAGCUCGAAGCUCGGUCUAGACUGAUUCUGUCUAAAUCUCUA